CCCAAGUGACACGGAAAUCAAUCAAGAGCGCGUGCGCAGUCAUUACGCAAGCAUGGCGGUUCUUCUUGAAACAACAUUGGGUGAUAUUGUCAUUGAUUUAUUUACAGAAGAACGGCCUAAAAGUAAGCAAACAUCCACCAACACACCCAACGUUAAUGAUGCCUGGUAACACACAGCCUACAUUUUAUAAUAAUGACAUUUGCUCAAAGUAAAAUCUCACCUUUUAUUAUAAUGCUAGCAAGUGCUAGCUAGCAAGAUUGCUAACCAUUGCCCAGCUAUAGCAAAUAGCUAGCUAGCUAGUAUUGCUAACUGUUAGCUAACUUGUUAAUUUUAUAUUUCAGAUAGCUAACUAACUAACAUUCAGAAACAUAGGAUUGCCAUGGGUACACUUAAUCUGACAGUUUACUCUGUGUUAAUGUGGUGCAUCAUUGAAAUUCAGGGAAGGGAAUUCCUAGCCAAUAUUAAUGGACUAAGGGAGCCUAACGUUAAUCCUACAGUCCAAGGUGCAAGGACCUUCCUUACAUGUUCUGUUUAUAAUAAUAAUAAUAUAAUAUGCCAUUUAGCAGACGCUUUUAUCCAAAGCGACUUACAGUCAUGCGUGCAUACAUGCUCUACCAAUUGAGCUAUAGAGGUUGCUUCUGGAUGCCAAAUCCUCAAUCUAAACGUGAAUCGAUUUUCAAUUGCGGUACGGUUCUAGAAACAUAAAUCCCUCUACUUUCAUAUCACAUCAAAAUAAUUUCACAAAUGCAAAAUUCACACUUACUGUACACCUGGCCGUUGCGGUCGGUGCCGUUUAAAAUGCAGGAGGACGAUUAUUUUUUUAAUGAGCAUGACCUUAUUUCUAUUACAGCAUAUUGGAUGACUGUCAUUCAUAUUCCAUUCACCCAGUUCAAUGUAACAUCGAUAGGUUUAGGCUACUACAUGAUACUCGAAUUUUCCCCAUACCCAUCAUGAGGUUGCUACAACCUAGCCAAUGAAUGAAAGUUUACAACAUAGGUGCACACAGGUCGAGAGAAAGAUUUGAGGUGACAUACCGUGACGCAUACAAUACUGCCUUGCACACUCUUGCCUGCCAUCUAGCUGGUCUAAGGUGUAGUCAUUAGUCCAACAGUUGCAAACAAGAGUUUCUAUUGGACAAAUUAAUGUAUGUUUAUCCCCGUUUCGUUCCAUUUUAAGAAACGUUUUUCAACAGUUCACUUUCAUAGCCACAUACAAACAGCUUGUUGUAUUCCUUCUCGCAUCUACGCACUCUCCUCCUCACCUUUUCCCUUCGCUUGUGGACUUCAAUGCACAACACAUCAGCUGUCUGUGACCAGGUGAAAAAAACCUUUACAUAUCAUAACUGCUACACACAGCCUACAUCAUUGUCACCAUAUUAGUUAAAGUAACGUUAUAGUCAACAUAGCUAAUAGAACUAACGUGUUAGUAAACCCGCUACAAUCAUGCAGACCUGUGAACAGUCAGUAAGCGGUUUAGCAGUUACACCGGCGGGCCCCGGUGGCAAUACAUUUGUAAAACCAAAAGCUUACCUUGACUUGGAAGUUCCAGUGUUGGAUAGCCAUAGCCAGCUAGCUAACAUAGCAUCCCUCUCUGUUUGAACCGGGUGUUUGAGUAGGCUAAACUAGCUAGCUGCAUUUGCUAGCUAAGUAAGUGAAAGUACAUUUAUAUAUAUAUAUAUAUAUAUAGCUAGCUCUCUCUCUCUCUCUUGCUCCUCCUUCAUUUUUGAAGAAAUCAAUUUGUUCAAAAGUGUUCAACUAUUGUCUUUCUCUCUCUUUGAGUCAACUACUCACCACAUUUUAUGCACUGUAGUGCUAGCUAGCUGUGGCUUAUGCUUUCAGUACUAGAUUCAUUCUCUGAUCCUUUGAUUGGGUGGACAACAUGUCAGUUCAUGCUGCAAGAGCUCUGAUAGGUUGGAGGAUGUCCUCCGGAAGUUGUCAUAAUUACUGUGUAAGUCUAUGGAAGGGGGUGAGAACCAUGAGGCUCCUAGGUUUUGUAUUGAAGUCAAUGUACCCAGAGGAGGACGGAAGCCAACUGUCCUCCGGCUACACCAUGGUGCUACCCUACAGAGUGCUGUUGAGGCAACUGUAGAGCUUUAUUGCAAAACAGUGUGUUUUAUUCAAUUAUUUGGUGACGUAAAUAUAUUUUGUAUAGUUUUAUCUAAAAAGGAUAACUUUAAAUGUUUCACAAUUUUUAUUUUUAUAAAAUUCACUGAGGAGGAUGGUCCUCACCUUCCUCCUCUGAGGAGCCUCCACUGCUGUACACUGUUUUGACCGGUUUUAACACAGUUGCAGCCGACAGUAUUUUUCAGUGACAACACAUUUGUGGCGUCCAUCUUCUGUUUACACACAGGUGUUCAGAGAUGCAGAUAGCUAAUUACCACAGGUAGUCCACUCUGUCUUCCGGCUGUUUUCCGUAAACAAGCGCUGAACAUGGAAAUAUGGCAGUGUGGAACCCUAACCCUAUAAAGGUGUGUAUCAAUUUAUUUCUCGCUGAUAUGAACGAUAAGUGCCAUAUGCUUCCAAAACCGUACCGCAAGCGAUGCAUGUUAAUGUUCAGACCGAGCGUCGGGACUCUUAACAAAACUCCCCCAUACAGAAGACCCCUUCCUCCAAUGAUUCUUAUGUGUAAUGUAAUGGAACUGAGAGUCAUGAUCAAGGGCAAGGGAAUUCCUAAUGUCUUUUGAUGUGUUGCUCUCAUAAUACUGAUUAUCUCCUUUUUUUACAGCCUUUCUGAAUUUCCUGAAGUUAUGCAAAAUCAAAUUCUACAACUACUGCCUUGUCCACAAUGUCCAGAGAGACUUUAUUGUGCAGACUGGAGAUCCAACUGGGACUGGCCGUGGUGGAGAAUCUGUCUAUGGGUCAGUCCUCUUCAUCAGCAUCAAUGUCUAAAAUCAUCACAGCUGUUUUUUAAAAAUAUAUUACAGGAAUGUUGAUUUGUGAAAAAUCUGUGGAUGUGCCCUUGAGCAAAGCACUUAACCUUGCCUAAACGUCAGACUGUUACCAUGGUUACUCCAUUGCUUUUCAGUCUGACCGAAGUAGCCCUUAAAAAUACGCAAUAGUCUCUACAAGCCAGAAUGUUGAAUACAAUUAUAUUUACACUUACUUUACCGGUUAUACAUGCUGUUGGCGGUAGGAGCUGGAGAUGGGGUAUCCAAAGGAAACUCUUGUUUACACAACCUUUUGCGUCGCGGUUAGGUUCUGUCACUUGCAUUUUCAAUCUUUGACGCAUUUCACGUGAUGCACAAUAUGUAAACAAUAGCCGAAUGUAACUGAACGUAGCUAGUCGACCGAAGCAUGUUUCCUCUUAAUCAGCUGGAAGUGUUUGCCAUUCGGUUUGUGGUUCGGUUUGUCAUGUGCGAAUUGCAUCAGUAUUGAAAAUAAAAACCAUAAAUACAAACCGAUAUACAGACCAGCGAACUGAAGGUCGGGUUGAUAACAUUUCCCUGUGGGUAUUGUUUAUCAGAUUACUAAAAUCGGCGAACAACAGGUAAAGUUAGUUGAAAUGAACAACAUUCUGACUUGUAAUGGGACUGUUCGGGAAUGCUGAGCCAACAUGUUAGAGACGAGUGUGUAAAUAUUUCACUCUUUGGAUUCUAAAAGAGGCUAGCUACACUUAACCCUAAUUGCUCCUGUAACUCACUCUGGAUAAGACUGUCUGCUAAAUGACUAAAAUGUAAAUGUAAUGAUGUCUUUUCUAUACCCUCAGUAAACUCAAUGGAGACCAAGCCCGCUUCUUUGAUGCAGAGAAAAACCCAUAGAUCAAACACAGAAAGAAGGGGAUGGUGUCCAUGGUAAACAAUGGCAGUGACCAGCAUGGUUCUCAGGUUGGUAAAACUGCCAUCCACCUCCUCAGGAUUGAACUACUAUCCGUUUGAAAGCAACAAAGUUAGCCUACUGAUUCGAGCAGGAUAGAUAGCAAGCAUCUUAAAUCUCAGAAAUGUUCAGGUCAGCUUACUUGUGCUGUAACAAUUUCUUUACCCCCCAGUUCCUGAUCACCACUGGUGAGAACCUGGACUACCUGGAUGGGGUCCACACUGUGUUCGGUGAGGUGUCAGAGGGUAUGGAUGCCUUGGCCAAGAUCAAUGAGACCUUCGUUGACAAGGACUUCAUCCCUUUUCAGGAUAUCAGGUCAGCAGAUUUCAUUUUCUUGAAUCAACUUUAAAUGCAGCGAUUUUAGGGGUAAAUUACAACUGAAUUGAAUACACUUUCUAAUUCCCUCAUGAAUACCUCCCAUACAGAGGUAUAGAUACAAUGACCUUCUACUCAGAUGGACAUCCCAGUAUAAGGUGGAAAGAAAAGAGGUGUAAUACUUGUUUUGUGUCAUUGCAGGAUAAACCACACUGUGAUCCUGGAAGACCCUUUCGAUGACCCUGCUGACCUGCCUGUGCCGGACCGCUCCCCUGAGCCUACCAAGGAACAGCUGGAUGUGAGUGACUGGGUACUUUCAGUACCAUUGAAGUCAAAGCAAUGCAUGUCUCCCAUUUCAGAGGAAGAAAUGGAUGAGAUUUGAACAAUUUGGAAAUAAUGUUACUUUCAUAUAAAGCCAUAAGGUUUAAGUUAUAGUUUCUCUGUUCAUCAAAGGAAAGGUGAAUGAUUUUCUCAAUAACUGAACAAAAGUAACUGACGCUUUUGAUGUUAUAUACUGUACACCUUUGUUCAUUUGCAAAGUCAAACCUUACUUUCCCGUCUUUGGUGUGUAGAGUGGUUGUAUUGGAGCAGAUGAAGUGAUCAACGACACAGAUGGGAAGGAGGCAGAGGAGCUGGAUGAGCUGCUGAAGGAGAAGGAGGCCAAGACCCAGGCCAUCCUGCUGGAGAUGGUGAGAGGGGGGUCUUGUGGUUCGGUCCACCUAGCCUUGUAGAGGAUGCACAUACUUUCAGGAGUGAUUGCAGAGGAGAUUUUGUAACAUUCCACAUGACCACUUUGUGUACAGAUUGCUGUUGAGGAACCCAAACAGUAGUUCAGUAGCUGGUAAACAUAUUAGUGUUGUAAAGAUAAUAUGGUGGUUUUAUGAGAGUUUUGUGGUUUGAGACAUUGCCGUGUGUAUGUGCAUAUAUGCUUGUGUAGGUGGGUGAUCUCCCUGAUGCGGAAGUGAAAUCUCCUGAGAAUGUUCUGUUUGUGUGUAAGCUGAACCCUGUGACCACAGAUGAGGACCUGGAAAUCAUCUUCUCUCGCUUCGGACUUAUUAAAUGGUAAAAUAGACCACUUCACCCUGUCUAUUUCAAUAUACUGGCCUCCAUGACACUACGAUACAUAUUUAAUUAGAAAUUGACCUAGUCCUAACCAUUUAAAUAUUGAAAUUGAAAGGAGACUUGGUAGAAUCUUGGUGAAUUAUCCCGUAUUAACAUGUUCUUAUUUCGGUACAGCUGUGAGAUCAUCAGAGACUGGAAGUCAGGAGAGUCUCUGUGCUAUGCUUUCAUCGAGUUUGAAAAGGUGUGUAUUUGUUUGGUUUUCACUUGAUUUCUAUAUGUACCAUGAGUUAGCAUUAAAUAAUUUUACAACAAUGAUAAAAAGAGAUUCAUUUUUUAACAGUUUAAGUGCAGUAAUGCAGAAUACAAAUAGAGGGCACCAGUUAGUCAGAAUUGAGAAAACACAAUAAUUCACUUGAAAGGGUUUUGUUUACUGAAUUGAUAGGUUGUUUCCUUAUUCACAUAAGGGCUCAGUUGACCCUCUUAGAUAUAAUUGGUGUCCAUUCUCUCCACAGGAGGAGGACUGUGAAAAGGCCUUUUUUUUUUGUCAUUUUAGCAGACGCUCUUAUCCAGAGCGACUUACAGUUAGUGAGUGCAUACAUAUUUUUUUCAUACUGGCCCCCCGUGGGAAUCGAACCCACAACCUUGGCGUUGCAAACGCCAUGCUCUACCAACUGAGCUACACGGGACUUCAGCCAGCCAGUCUGUCUCAAAUAUUAAAUGGAAAGGCAAAGGUAAACACUUAUUAAAACAACUCAUUAACUUUUUUUAAUGUUUUGGGUUUUUCAAUAAUUCCAUUAUGUAUACUUUCAGAGACGUUAAGCUGUAAUCGGACACUUUAGUUGAAGGAUGUGCCAUUUACCUUCUCUUCUAAGUAGAGAACUUAACCAGGUCUUGUUUUCUAGGUGGGAAGUAUACCAAGGAAGACUUCAAGGCCUAUGAAAAAUACGUGGUAUCCAAAUGAGCUCUUAAGGAUAAAGUCAAACCCAAGCAAGAGUAUCCUUAAAUGUUUUUAUAUUUGCUAUUCAAUAUGAAGUGAAAGAUGGGGGUUAGAAACGUGUUAAAUACUUAAACUCAACUGUGCACCAUUUCACAUAGCUAUUAGGUUAGAGAGGUCAACUAUUGUGAAGACGUUUUUGUUGGAGGGAAUGACAUUUCUCUGGAAGAAAGACUUUCUCUGUUUGAAAUGUUGACUUGGCAUUACAGAAUUACAAGUUUUACUUCAAGUUUUACUUAACGUUCUCAAAAGCUCCAAGUACGACCUGCUUUUAGAGGAAGAAGGAAUGAGCCAUCAGCAUGCUGAGAAGAAACACAGACAAGAAGCACAAUCACUCAGUCAACGAGGACACCAGGAAGUCCAAGAAAUCCAAGGUUGACCGAAGAAUGUCCCCCCAACUCAUUGUUUGUUUUCCUUGUGUUAGGCUGGGAAAGGAAAAAUGUAUUUUGUUUCACAAUAAUGUUCAGUCAGAGCAUUAGAGCAAGAAUAUAUGAGUAAGCAUGGCUCAUGUAAUUUGGUUAUGGCCUAUUAUUUCAACAGUUGUGACAUCAGUCACUCCAGCAACACAGAGUCAUUCCACAGUGUUAGACUUGGCUGUGUUACAGAAAACACCAAAGAUUUCUCUAUAACCUUUGUCAAACCUCUUUCUCUCCCAUGUUAUACCUACAGUGGGACAGUGAGGAGCCCCGGCAGGAGAAAAAGACACAGGCAGUGUUCUCGCUCCAGGGAAAGAGACGGAGACGGCCACCAUCAGCACAGCAAGUCCCGUGAAAAGCACCGCCCAGAGGGCCGUGACAAGGGCCACAGGGAGAGUAGCCAUAGUCACUCACCCAAGAAGUCUAAAGACAAGGAGAGGAGCAGACACCGAUGA